AUUUUCGUCGCUUAUUAGGGAGAGUGAGGGAAAGGCCGCAAAAAAAAAAAAAUCGUCUUCGUCGGCAGUUCUUGUGUAAAAACCCUAUCUGCCGCUACUGUUGCAAAGGCAGAAAGAAGUAACAAAAUGAAGCGGAAGCAAGGGAAAGGGAAGAAGAAACCAAGGGCAUCCCCAACAGGGACUGGAAAAGCAAAACAGGUGGUUCAUGAUAUUGCUAGGUUUUAUAAUGGAGCAAACUCGGAUAUGGAACCUUCAGGUGGUGCUAAUAUCAACUCUAGAAUGGAGGAUGAAGCACCACCUCAAAAGGACAACAUUGUAAACAACCCACUAGCUGAUUUUGGAAGAGUAGUAUUGGCUAAUGCAAGAGUAGGUGACAAUUUAAGUUCGUGUGCUGAUCCACCGUCUGGUUUGGUCAAGUCCUCGAAGAAGUCCAAAAGCUUAGUGAAAAAUUCAGCAAGAGUCGUACCCUCCUCAAGUAUGAGGACUAAUAAUAAUGAAGUAGUUGUUGCAGAGAAGUCAACACAAAGACAACCCAAACUGUCUCAUAAGGUUUCUGUAUACAAGGAUCAAGAGUUAAAAGCUGCUUUGGAGGUCAUUCGAACGGUUAUGGAAUUGGAUGCUGCUUUACCCUUCAACAUCCCUGUGGAUGGCUCUGAAGUACCCGAUUACUAUGACAUCAUUGAUACACCAAUGGAUUUUGGCACAAUACUCCACAAUCUCGAAACUGGUGUUAAGUACAUGAAUGCAAAGGAUGUUCUCUGUGAUGCUGAGCAUAUCUGGAACAACUGCUUCAAGUAUAACAAGACAGGAAGUUUCAUAAUGGAGCUGGGGAAGCGGGUGAUGAAUAAAUUUUUAAAGCUUUGGGCGGAAGCUGGCUUGGAUAAGGAAUCAGGAGAUGACAUCAAUGGAUUUCCACAUGUAUCUCCUGCAAUUCCUGCUGCUAGUUUCAUCAUACAUGGAAAUAGGAUACCAGAAGAACCUCCUGUUGACAAUCCCAGACAUCUGCAACACAAUCUGAUGGAGCAUAAUGAAGGCGAGCUUCGUCAGUCCAUGAGCCAUAUCCAGUCAAUUCAUUCUCAUAUGAAUUAUUUUCAGCCCAAUCGAAGUUUUUGUCAGAUGCCUCAUCCACAGGCACACCCAGAUUCUGUUCCUGGAUUGGCAAGACAAUCACAUGGACAGAGUUAUCCGUUGCACCCCGUUGUUGACUGCUCAACCUGCUUUCAGAGGAAUCAGAUAAGAGGAGAAUCUCAACAGCAUUAUCAUCCACUUCCAUCAAGCAGCAAGGCGCCAUAUCAAACACACCAAGAUUAUAUGUAUCCAGAUCAACCUCAUAGUUCCCUGCCAUAUACUGAAAUUGCUGCUGCUAAUGGAGAUCCCAUGACAAGGUACAACAAAUAUGUGCCUCAAAGCCCAUGGGGUCCAAUGACCAAUUGUCACCAGUUUGAUCAUGCAGCCCUACACCAAAGGCAACCCCAUCAGGCCUCAGCUACCCAUAUUCACCACCAGCAGCCAGAGCACUGUAGUUAUCAGAGUCAUGCCAACUUUAGCCAGCCACAGCCUUACCAGUUACCAACAGACACUGGCAGAGACAGAAAUGGAGAUUUUGCAUUAGCACCGACAGCUGAAUCCAUGAAAAGGAACCCCAAACGCAAGCCUAGCCUACCAGAAGUCCCCGUGACUAACAACAAUGCCCAGCAAGAGGAUCAAAUCCGGUCUAGCAGACCAAGUGCUAUUAUUGAAGAUUUUUCAUUAGCACCGCCAGCUGAAUCCAUGAAAAGGACCCCCAAACACAAAAAAGCUAGACUACCAGCAAGCCUCGUGACUAACAAUCAUCCCCAGCAAGAGGAUCAAGUGCAGUCUUGCAGACCAAGUGCUGUUAUUGGAAAUGCAUCCCCAUCACCUACAAUGAUAACAUCUGGUGCAAGGACCACUAGACAAGAGUCCAGACACCAACCAGACCAAGUGGAUGACAACCAAAACAGCAUGCCUCUUGUUAAUUUUUCUGAGACAUCCCAUCAGCUAACCGUAGACAACACUCAGCCACAAUCUUCCAUUCCAUCACCAGGUCCAGACGAGGUUGCUGAAGUCACAGAAAAUGAUAAGGGAAACAGCAAUGGACCAACUAAUUGUCUUGACCUAUGGAGCAGUACAACUAAGAUUACUAUUUCUUUCGAUGAGUUUGGGCAGCCCAUUGGCGAUGAAACCCCGAAACUGAUUACUUUUCUUGGCACAUUAGCACGAAAUGGGGAACUAGCACCGUUGACCUAUGUUGAUUGGCGGACUGUACCUGAGGAUAACAAGGCAAAAAUGUGGAAGCUUGUUCAGUCAAAAUUUGAUAUUGACCCACAAUUCAGAGAUUGGACAACAAAGUCAGUUGGGAAGAAAUGGAAAGACUGGAAGGCUCAUUUAAAGUCUACUCAUUAUCUUUCUCAUGAUAAUGAUGAGGACAGGUUGGCAGCCUGUGAUGAUAGAGUCUUUCCAGAACAAUGGAAAUUCCUUGUUUCAUUUUGGAACUCUGAUCUUUCAAAGGAGCGGAGUAUUAAAGCUAAGGCUAGUCGCUCCAAACAAAGGAUCCAUCACACCACAGGGAGGAAGAGUUUUGCUCGUAUAAGAGAGGAGCAGCGUGCAAAGAUGCCCGACCGUGAACCGCCAUCAAAAGCAGAUCUCUUCAUAUUCACUCGCACCCGUAAAGAUGGGCAGCCUGUUAAUGAGGAAUCGUCAAAAUUGAUUUCAGCGCUUCAAGCAGCCCAACAACAGGGUGGGGCAUCCAAUGAUGGAGGAAUUGCAGAUGACAUAUUCUCCAGUGUCGUUAAAAUUAACCGCUCUAAUAUGUUUGGACCUGUUCAGCAAACUCCCCAAAUGCAUGUUGCGUCAAUGCUGUCUAAAGAAAAUGAAGCCAUACAAUUUGUCUCUGAGGCCAAAAAAGAGGUGCUGGAGAUGAAGCAAAAGAUGGUUUCUAUGGAACAGUCUUAUACCCAAAUGACAGACCAAAUGACAAAGCUUGUUUCAAUGAUGUCUGACAUUCAUAAUAAGAAGGCUCUCGUUGAACCUGAUGAACCUGUACCGAAUGUAAUUGUUCUUCCUUCUAGUCCUGUCCCCGCUCUCGCCCAUGUCGAACCCGCUCCCACCCAUGUCGAACAAGUUGUUGAUGUUACUACUAACAAUUCCGACAAUUCUGACAAUUCUGACAAAUCCUCCAAGGAGGUUUUUGAGUUGUCAUCACAGAGGACUAUAAGAAAGAGAGGGAUUGCACAGAGAACAAGUACCAGAAAGAAGAUUCCUCGCAAGAAGUGAUGGGAUAUUUAUGAGUGACGGCAAAUAUGCAAUGUUUUAAUGUUAUUUCAGGAACUUUUAAGUUAAAUUUUAUGUUUAAUGGAAGGAUAUGCGACUUUUGGUUCUCUAUUUUGUUGUGAAUUAUAAUAUUAUUACCCAAGAUUGAAUUUAGACAUGUUGAUUUAAUCUUAAGAUACAUUUUUAUUUCUA